AUGGAGCCUCCAAACAUACAAAGUCACCUUCAAUCAAAUACCGAAGGACAUGGUCAGCUUGAAGACUACUCAGACCACACUCCAAUGCUCCAUCAAAAAACAUUCCAACCUUCUUUCGUUCCUUAUGUUCCUCACAAGUCUUUAUCAUCGACUUCUUCCUUUGCUGAAUCCUCACAAUCCCUACCCUCACUAGAUAACCAUGCUUCACCUCAACGUUCGUCCUUUGAGUCUACUUUAGAUGAUGAAACUGAUUUACUUGAUGAAUAUGAGAUGAAAUUGCUCUAUGAGGCUCAGAUACAAGAUGAGCAAGGGAAUAUUCUGAGGACACAAAAAAUGAGAGCAAAAGAUAUAUAUAAGCUAAACGAAGGUGAAAAGGUUUUGGUUCAUCUCAACGAAAAUGACCAACCAGUCAAAGCAUCAGGGGGACUAUGCACUCGUUUCAUGACCUUACUUUUAAAACAACCUAACUUGUGUCCUAUUGAAGCAAGAAACUGGGAAGAAGUAAAAACAGGAUGUGGUGUUAGGCUUCUAGGAGAACUGCGGGCAAAAUUUUGUAUACCUCAAGGAGAAAAUAUAGAUAAGGUCCUUCUCAAACACUUUAAUGAAAGGUACAGGUCUCUCAAACAUAGGAGAAAGGAGAAUUUAUUUAGGUUGGUUGCAACGAGACUCGAUGAGGCUAAUAACAUUGGAGGAGAUAAUGUACAAGCGGUUGAGUAUACGAAAGAACAAAUUCUACAUGCACUUGAUUUGGUUGAACCACCUCCCAAUACUUUUGACUACCAAUGGGAAUUGUAUAAAAGCCACCUUAGAUCAGAAGAUUCACAGAAAUUAUCUGAAAAUGGAAAGAAGGCAAGGGGUGAGCAUCUUCAUAGCCGUGCAACUGGGGCCAAGAGUUUUGCACGACUAAGGGAUGAAUUUAAACUAAAGCAUAAAAGAGAUGCUAAACCAUUGGAGAUGUUUGAAAUGGCUUAUCAAACAAAAGAAGGGAAAUACAUUAAAGAUGCAUCUAGAGAAUUUAUGGAUCGAGCAAAUGAAGAAGUUUCGAAGAAAGUUUUAGAGCACGGUGGUUCUGAAUGUGUUGAUAUCCAUGAAAGGGUUGUCAUUGAGAGAGAAGUUAUGACUGAGCUUAGGGGUCCCGAUAGGCCUGGACGAGCCCGUCUUUGGGGAGCUGGAGUAACAAAAUCACAAGUAACAAGUUUUAGCAUUGAACUUAGAAGAAUGAGAGGAGAAAACUGCUCGAGAUAAGCAAAUUCAAGUCUUGAAUAAAGCCGUUGAUGACUUUAGAGCGGAGCUUCGGCUUUUCCAGAGUACAUUCCAAGACAAUUACGGGGAUUUUACAUCUAGGGCGCGUAUUUCAAGUGAAGAUGCAUCCCGAGUACAGCUUCCAAGGGCGCAUCAGACAAACAUCCACCGAAGUUUUUAAUUUGCCGGGAUCUUCAGUAGGUGCGAGAAAGUUAUAUCUCAACUCAAAGAUCUACUAGUUUGCAAUGAGGAUUAACACUAGUUGAAACUUAGUCUGUUUAGUUUAUGAAUAAAUGAGAAUCUCAUUUCUAUAAUUUCUGGUGUACAUCAUUAAAGUAGUUAGCUAUUAUUUGAAUUAUUGUACA